UGCAUUUUAGUGUGGUCGACCCCGUUCGUCUUUCUUUUCGCACGUCAUGGCGGACCGGUUCAAUAAGGUUCUGCUGCUUGAUGGCAGGGGCCAUCUACUUGGGCGUCUUGCUGCCAUUGUGGCUAAACAGAUUCUGUUGGGCCAUAAAGUGGUGGUGGUAAGGUGUGAGGGCAUCAACAUCUCUGGCAACUUCUAUCGCAACAAACUGAAGUAUCUGGCUUUCUUGCGCAAGAGGAUGAAUACCAAUCCCUCUCGUGGACCAUACCAUUUCAGAGCUCCCAGCAGGAUCUUCUGGAGAACUGUCAGAGGCAUGCUCCCUCACAAAACCAAGAGAGGACAGGCUGCCCUGGAGAGGUUGAAGGUGUUUGAUGGCAUCCCUCCACCCUAUGACAAGAGGAAGCGUAUGGUUGUCCCUGCCGCCCUCAAGAUUGUGCGUCUGAAGCCCAGUCGCAAGUUUGCCCUCCUUGGUCGCCUGGCCCAUGAGGUGGGCUGGAAGUACCAGGCUAUCACAGCCACCCUAGAAGAGAAGAGGAAAGAGAAGGCUAAGCUCCGCUAUACCAAGAAAAAGACCCUGGUCAAACUGACCAAGCAGGCAGAGAAGAACGUGGAGAGCAAAAUUGCUAAAUACACGGACGUUCUCAAACAAUAUGGAGUCCUUGUCUAAUCUGGUUUCUUUAGGCUAAUAAAGAGGAAUAAAUGUU